CAUGGCAGAAAGACGACCGCAUCCUCCUUCUCUUUCGGUAGCUAUUUUACAAAUUCUGAUUCUUUAUCACAUGCUGCAGCGAGCCGCGGCGUUGGCAACGUCGCGAAUUUCUUCUCCAUACACAAAACGCGGUCUGGUUCGAGUGGUCGCAUUUUCGGUUUCCAACCCCAACGAAGAACAGGUGCAGGACAUGCUAUCCAACGUUCUGUCACGAGCCACACGCACGUUGUCCUCGAAAUCCUAUACCAAUUUCUCUGUAAAUAGCACCUGCUCUUCCGAGCCGUGGCGGAAUGAAUCGCGUGUCGACGAUGAUUCCGUAUUGGAUAUGCUGGAGGCAAUUCGAGUGGGCACCGCGAAUGGGAACUCGUCAAUGGUUCGCACCGAUGCGACAAGGAGCACCAACAGUGCUGUAUCCUCUUCUUUCUCUCCGUCGGUAACAUCCGCUAUUAGAUUGGAUUCCCUUUUCACGAAUUCCAUAUCGCGAGCCAAACGCACAUUCACCACCAAAGUGGAAUUCCAGGAAGCAUCCAAAUCGAACAAAUUGGUCGACGAUACGGUCACAACCAUACUCGACAAGGUACAGCAGCAAGGUCGCGUCCCAUCGCCGACACCCGCUCCAGAUCCCUUGCCUCGUCCCACGGACACUGAUUUGCACUACCAGCAAAAUCCCGCCAUUUCAGCCACUGCCCUGGCCCAUUCCUUGUGGGGUUACGUGCUCCGACCGGGCCUGGAUUCGGCCAUUGACGCAACGGCAGGAAACGGUGGGGAUGCCGCUACAAUUGCCACGAUGCUCUUUUCAAACGUGACCCAAAGCUCGACGUCAUUAAUGCCAACCUCGCGAUCCGAACUCGUUUGUGUCGAUGUGCAGACCCAAGCGUGUGCGAAUACGCGCAGCGCGUUGGAAGACUGCGUCGGCUCGGACGUAGUGGAGCAACGCGUUCGGAUAAUCCAAGCAUCUCACGCACCAUUGCCACUACCCACUGAUACCUCCUCAAUCGCCCUGGUAGUCUUUAAUCUCGGGUUCUUACCCCAAUCGGAAAAUAAAGCCCGUCAAACCCAGACCGACACAACCUUGGCUGCCAUGGCCGACGCCUGUACGGUCUUACGCAUUGGCGGCCUGCUAUCCGUCAUGACCUACCCAGCGUCCAACGCUCACGAAGAUGCGCUGGCCCGGGCCUUUAUGGAAUCUUUGGCGCUAUACAGCUCCAAAACAGAAAAUUGGGAAACCUUUGUGGACGAAUUGAUGUUUCCAGCCGAGAAUGAUGACACUGCAACAGCCGACGCCGAAGAUUGGAACGAACAGCUCCGACGGUCACUACGGUAUGUUUACGAAGAAAAUGGACCCACACAGACCUGGCGGGUUCACGAACACCGGAAAAUUGGAUGGAAGAACGCGCCCGUCUUGCUCACCGCAAUCCGAAUCAAGUAG